AUGGCGCGUCAGGGCAAUCAAACGCCCGUGACACGCACGGGCAGCAUCCCGCCCGGCAACACGAGGAUCUCCAAACCUGCAAGAUCCGCGUCCAGACCCAAACGUCCCCCCGGACGCCCUUUCAAGCUCCCGAGAAGUGCAAGUGCAUCAUCAUCCCGAUCUGGGCGCUCGGAACGUCCCUCUGCCUCGCCUAGCGUUGCGCCGACCCCACCCCGCAGAGUGCUCAGUAUGCUUGAGGCCCUACCCCGGGAGCUUAUCGAGCACAUCUUCCUCUACUCGUUGAACCUCAAUCUCCCACGAGCUUCGCCCUCCCUCGCUGCUGCGCUCUCCAGAGAACAUAUCUACAAGCUGCUCAUCAUCCUUGCCUUCUGGGACGAUCCGCCAGACACCAACCCCGGAAGUGAAGCCAUUGACCGCAUUCUUGUGCCGCUCGAUUACAAGCCAUUGACGCUAGACCAGCGCGCCAAGCUGCAGCAAGAUGUUUUCCGCUGUCGAUUUUGCACAUUGGACCGCGUCCGAGAACAGAUCCCCAAUAUGAUGAUCCUCACCAUUCACCGCCACUGGAUCAACGCCGGUAUGGUCAUGGAGCCGGACCAGCAGAAGGCACUGGAGCGUUUCAUGGAACGCAAAAGCGAUAUAGUCCACGAAAUCCAAGCAAAGGGACCUCCAAUCAAGCGCUUACCGGAGAUGAUCGGCAAUCCCGAAAUGCUGCGACGAGCCAACAUACCCGGUCCGCACGAAUACGAGCUAUGCAUCAAUCCAAUGAUGCUCACCGAGAUCCGCUCGAAGACGAUGGGAACAAUCGUCACCUGGCCCGCUAUCCAGCUGGUGCAUUUCCCACCGAACCUCCUCCGCGGCGGCCGCGAUGGCUUCAGCCCCGCCGACGUCGAGUUCCUGGAAAUGCUGCGCGUCACCUCGAACAACACCGCACCGCCGCCCGGCAGUCCCCUAAGUCCGUCUACAUCAACACGACUCGACCGGACGGCGCUACACGAAGGCGUGACCAAGGCCAUCCGCACACUGAACUUUGCCGCGCUUGAAACCCUGUUCAAAAUCGACGAGCUCAUUUGCCGCUUCGAAGUUUACAGAACGGAAGACAGCGUCUUAUAUAUGUUCCCCUCUGACCACUACCUCACCGUUACCCGCCUGGCCUGCGACCCGAUCCAGAACGUCCGCUUAUUCCAAACUCUCUUACGCGCCUGUGCUGAGUCUUUACCCGUCAACAACCAGGAGAUUCGCCAGUGGACGCUGGAUAUCGUCGAUCUCGCUGAGAAAGACCCCGUCCGGUAUGGCCAGAUCGGCAAGUUUGCUCGUUGGUUUUCGGACUUUUACCUCCGGCUCGAGGAGCAGAUUGACUGGGCGAAGGAGCAUCCCACUGGUGCCCUGUUCUGCCUUGGGCAGCUGGACUUGCAUGAUAUCGAGGGGAGGAAGUACAUGGAUGAUGUGCUGGGCCCUGGUCAGAGACCACCGGCCAAUUACCUGCACGAAACUUCGUUCAACGCCCGGCAUUGGUGGUUAAAGAGGUCUGGGCCCGAGGUGCCGCCAGGAUUUGUUCGAAGUCCUCGGAGGACUGGGGCUUGA